AUGCUAAAAGAGGACUGUGCCACCCUGCUUGAGGUUUUCGGAGGCAUCUCGUUUAUUUUAUCCACUGAUGAUUGGGCCCAUGCCGAAUUUGACGAGUUGACGUCGGCUUUCAUCCAGCUCUGGCAAUUCAGCGAGCAUGUGCACCCGUUAUCAGCAAGCUUGGCAGGUUCGAUUUACAUUGACAUCAUGAAGUUGUUACGGUUACUUGGCAUGCUCAAAAAGCCGGCUGAUUCCCUGGACCUCUUCAGACGAAUGUCACUCGAAUCAGUCUUCUCGGCCGAAGUUACCGCGUCUGCCAGGGUGUCGGGAAAGCAGUUGACAUACAGGAUUAUGCACGGUAUCGAAUUCAUCAAAGCCCAUUCACGAGUCUGGGAUCAUGAGAAUCCAUUCAAAGAAGACUCCGAGAUCUCUCGUGUCUUGGUGUUUGCGAAGGAGAAGGCCAUGAUUGCCUCUACCAAGUUUUAUUCACUGGCCGAGACCUCCGAGUAUGUUCGUAAACAUUUUGACCGUGUUCAUCGCAUAUCGUACACAAUUACCAGAUCGAAGGACGUCAUACUUGAAAGAACAGGAAUGAAAGCAACCGGAACAUCCGAGGAAGCCAAGAAUGACAAGGACCAUCCAGAGUCCUCGAAACCGGAACUGGACAAGCAGAAGGCUAUGGGAGACAGCUCAAGCCAGGCACCACAGCGCAAGGAGAGCCAGAAGCAGGGCCAGGAUUCAGAUCAGAAGCAAGAAACCGAAAAAAGCGCAACGGAGAACCAAGAGGAGCAUGACUCCAAAACAACAGCUACAGCACAAAGCUGGGACCCAGACAAACCGAUACGAAUCGGGUACCUUAGUCGACUUUUUGGUCCAAAGCGUGUCUUUGGAGUGAACGGGCCGCAUGGUCCAGUUCCCGACGACCUAGUAUGGGCAAUCACGAGGAGGGGCAGAUAUGCAAUGAACCUGAUUGAUGCAGAUACCCGGGCGAUCGAGAAGGGACCAAAAACUGACCAAUCUGACAAUAUGAGCAAAUCAAGCAACAUUGAGGAUAUCCUUGCCAUGAACUCUACUCUCGAUCCAUGCACUGUGUCCUUCCUCAUUACACAUCUCGCCUACGCUUUGCAUGACGAGUUGCCCGAAACGAGCUUCGAUUACCUUUCUUUGGAUUUGCUAGCCCUGGAGGUCAUCCGCGAAAUCGCCGACAAACAAAGAGCUCGGCGCAGCGAUCGAUUUGUUGACAAGCUGGCAGAGGAUCUGGGGCGACUUGCUCUCGAUGGGCCGUCUCAAGAGAUCAUAGGCGCCUUUGUAGGCAAUCCAAAUGCUGCAGAUCGCGAACAAGGCAUCGAUGAAGCAAAAGAUGAUUCUGGUCCACCAGAGCCAAGCGCGGAUCUAAACUUGCCAAAACUUGCUGCUGAAGAGAUUUUGCGAUGGACAAGCACGGAUCCCAGACCGUGUUGUGUCGCAUCGAAGCGGUUAUGUGAACUUGGAGCAGUGAUCUGCAUGGACCAUUGCUGCUCCAGUGGAUGGGCUGCUCAAAGGAAAACUCAACAGAUUCCCGUGGUGCAGAAGAAGGACGAGGAGAAACCACACGAGCCAAAAAGCAAGAAGGCGAAUGGAAAGGGGGAAAGCAAAGAGAAGGUCAAUACUAAUGUUUCUGGGGGUCGUUCCAGCUCCAAAUGA